CUGAUGUCCCUGCUUGAUGAGAUCAGCGGAUCACUUUUCAUCAUGAGACGGCUCUCACUCUGCUGUCCGCACAACCGUCUCGCCUCUUUCUCUCUCUCUCUGUUUGCCUUCCUUUCUCUCUUUUUCUCCCUCCGACCUUGAGCUGCGGAGCCGGGAGUGCACAAGGAGUUUAGGAGCCGUGUGUGACCAGGAACCGGAGCACGUAGUGGGACGGAGGCUUUGACACGGCAGGGAUUAACCUCAGGGAGGGGGUGGGGGGGUUACAUCUUUUGGGAAAAGCUUCUUUUCUCCUUCCUCAGCAGGGAGAGGGUGAGAUAAACAGAGAAAGAAGUAGUGUGCGAUCUUCACAAAGAGAGGAGCCGCUCUUGUCCUUUAUUCCUACGGGUCUCCUUUUUCUUCCUUGUACACGGAGCGACAACAGGAUACAGGAGUUCUGCUGGGAAGACCACCUCAACAGUUUUCGUGGUUUCCGUAAGGCUGGCACUCUCACCGCCGACGUGUUUGGAGGCCUCAGGCUGACAUCUUGCCGCUUUAAUGAGGUAACGGCGAAGCCUGGAAACCCAGCCCCUGCGUCACACCACCCCCUUCCCUUUCCCCUUCUCCCUACCCCUCUCCACCCAGCGAAGCCAUGGGCCAGAAGAUCUCAGGAAGCAUAAAGUCCGUAGACGUGCGUGGGGAACCAUCCUUCAGGCCCCUGAGGAGAGAGUUGAGAGGGCCGGACUUCUUUAAGCCUGCCAGAUUGGACUUACUGCUGGACAUGCCCCCUGCUCCGAACGAGCAGCAGCUUCGACACGCCUGGAACCCGGACGAUCGUUCCCUCAACAUCUUCAUCAAGGACGACGACAAACUCACCUUCCAUCGCCACCCGGUCGCCCAGAGCACCGAUGGCAUACGUGGACGGGUGGGUUACACACGAGGACUCCACGUUUGGAGAAUCCAUUGGCCUGUCAGGCAACGGGGCACGCACGCAGUGGUAGGCGUGGCCACGGCAGAAGCCCCGCUACACUCCGUCGGCUACACCUCGUUAGUUGGCAGUGAUGCCGAGUCCUGGGGCUGGGACCUGGGACGUAACAAGCUCUACCACAACAGUAAGAACAGACCGUCGUCUUCUGCUCCCACCUACCCGAGCUUCCUGGAGCCAGAGGAGGCCUUUGUGCUGCCUGAUGCCCUAAUGGUGGUGCUGGACAUGGAUGAGGGCACAUUAAGCUUUAUGGUGGAUGGACAAUACCUUGGCGUGGCCUUCAGAGGCCUUAAGGGCAAAAAGCUGUACCCCAUCGUCAGUGCAGUGUGGGGUCACUGUGAGAUCACUAUGCGCUACAUCAAUGGCCUAGAUCCGGAGCCUUUGCCUCUGAUGGACCUGUGUCGACGUGCAGCGCGGCUGGCUCUAGGGCGUGAGCGUCUACAGGAGAUCGAAACCUUGCCUCUGCCUCAAUCUCUGAAGAAUUACCUCCAGUACCAGUGAGAGCAGACCUUCACGUAGAGACACCGAGAGGACGCCUGAGGUGCUACUGUAACGCCACCAUCAGGCCGCGGAGGAAAAAUGUUUACAUUGUGGCUCACUGGUGGAAUUUGAGUUUUGUUUGUUUUGUUAAUUUUCAUGAGUUUAAAUUAUUGAUGGCUUUGAAAGAAAAACGGAGAACAGUGUUACAGGAAUAAAACCGCACGUACAGCGCCUCCAGAUGUACGUCUCGCCCCGGAGAAUACAACGGGUGGUGGAGUUUCACAAGCACAGUAACCUUGGGAUGCCUUUGAAAGCUCACAGUAAUAAUCUUUCGCUCUUGUCCUGGAUGUUACUGUAGAUCGGGCCCACCUGUCCUCGAGUCAACAUCUCAAAUCCUUCGAAGGUGCCGAUACGUGCGCACAAAAACACCAGGGAGCAUUAAUAUAUAUAUAUAUAUGAACUGACAGCAAGGACACCUUAUGCAUACGCACAUAUACAUCCAACAAUCAUAUACGCAUUCGACUUUAAUUUUCUUCCUCCGUGGGCUCGAGUCACUUUUUUCUAUCUGAAUUUGUACCUUGAUUUUAUUGUGCGUGUGAAUUUUUUUCUAGUUCUGACGAUUCUUUCGAGAUGUUUUGGCUUUGAUUUUAUUUAUCAGGUUCUAGUUCCUUUUUAAUGAACUGAAUGUGCGAGCAGGCACAUAGAUGAACACUAUCGUACUCAUCACACAUGGCUUUCUAUUUUAAACUGGGAUGCUGCUUUUAUUAUUAUUAUAAUUAAUAUUAUUAUUCUGUCUGAAUGCUCAGAUGGAAGUCUGGUUGUCUGAUGCACACAGUGGAAUGUAAAGGUCUUGCUAGCGUUAGCAUAUUUGAAAUGUGAAUAAAAGCCAAGUGAAUGAGAAGGA